GCCAGGCGCAUGAGGCAGGAUAGAAACACAACGAAGGACUGAAAGCGGAGAGAAGCUGGAAGACAAGCAAUCGGUGGCUACACUUUUCAUUUUCCAACAUAUGAGCGUGCGUGCUGGAAAGUUGUUUAGCGAAAGAGACAGACCUUAGCCUUAUUAAGAAAAAAAAUAACUUUUUGGUCUGUUUAGAGGGGGAACACGUCGCCAUCCCCCUUCCGAAACAAUAAAGCAGAGUUUCCCACGGUUUUGUUAAGAUCAGGUUCGUCGAAAUGCGCAUAGUUCAGUUUAAUGCUAAUUUAUGCUGUUUUAUUAUCUAGUUAAGCAACCAUUUUGCUUUGUUAGUUUACUUAAUAAGGGGCAUUCACGAGUGAUGUUUGAACGGUGACUUUAGAUUUCACUCCGCGCAACUCGAUUUUCGUUCUAUGGACAUUCCUGGACGCAUUGUGGCGCCCAGCUUCUGCCACUCAAACUAUUGGAGGAUUUAGGAUCUGCAGCACUUCACAAAAACGCACAACGUUACCCCACUUUGCUGACAGUAAAUAUACGUGGAAUAGGCUAAUCGGGUAGCUCACCUGCAGCGGAGCACAUGGCCUUGUGCUGAUGCCCCCAGCUGUCUGUCUGAACACGUCGCCCGUGCCUUGCCUCUGCCAGUGGAAUGGGCACCCACAGAAUGCUGCUGUCAUGGAGUCUGCUCCUCCUGUGGACCGUGCUGACCCAGCUGCCGACAGGGGCGCGAGCGAGACCGGCCGUCACCGAUCAAGUCCAGUCGGAGGUGAAAAUGGAGCUGUACACGUUGUUCCCGGGAGAGCGUUUAGUGCUGGCAUGCUUCGAGCCUGCAGAGGCGCAGCAGGAGGUCAGGUGGACCAAGCAGGGGGUGCCGGUGGCUCGCGAGGGCCGCGUGCUGGAGAUCGAGGCCGCAGAGCCGGCAGACUCGGGCCUGUACGGCUGCUUUAGCCACGGCCCGCGGGGCAACCACAGCGCCUAUUUCGCAGUGAACAUCACAGCUGAUGCAGUGGCAUCGUCUGAAGAUGAGGAUGAUGAUGAGUCUUCCUCGGAAGAGAACAAACUCUCAAGCAGCCAGAAGCUUCUGCCAAUGGCACCUAGGUGGGCUCAGCCUGAGAAGAUGGAGAAGAAGCUGCAUGCUGUCCCUGCCAGCAAAACGGUCAAGUUCCGGUGCCAGGCCAAUGGCAACCCCACGCCCUCUCUCCGCUGGCUGAAGAACGGCAGGGAGUUCAAACGGGACCAUCGCAUCGGUGGCUUCAAGCUAAGGGAGCAUAUGUGGACCAUUAUCAUGGAGUCAGUGGUGCCCUCAGACAAGGGCAACUACACGUGCUUGGUGGAGAACAAGUACGGCAGCAUCAACCAUACAUACCAACUGGAUGUAGUAGAGCGCUCUCCUCACCGGCCCAUCCUGUACGCGGGUCUGCCCGCUAACCGCACCGCCGUGGUGGGCAGCGACGUGGAGUUCGUGUGCAAGGUAUUCAGCGACCCGCAGCCGCACAUCCAGUGGCUGAAGCACAUCGAAGUGAAUGGGAGUCGAGUGGGGCCUGACGGCCUGCCCUUCGUCCGCAUUCUCAAGCACUCAGGGGUCAAUAGCUCGGACACCCAGGUGCUGACCCUCUACAAUAUCACUGAGGAGGAGGGGGGCGAGUAUAUAUGCAAAGUGUCCAAUUAUAUAGGAGAGGCCAAUCAGUCGGCCUGGCUAACGGUCCUCAGGCACAAGGCCCAAGCCAUGCCCCCGACCGACGUGCCCACUCAGACCUACCUUGAGGUCCUGAUCUACUGCGUGGGUUUCUUCCUCAUCUCCAUCAUGGCCGGUGUGGCCACCAUCGUCAAGAUCCGCAGCUCCUCCAAGAAGAGCGAGUUCAACGGGCAGCUAGCCGUCCACAAGCUAGCCAAGAGCAUUCCCCUCCGCAAGCAGGUAACAGUGUCUGUGGACUCGAGCUCCUCUCUGAACUCCGGGGCGAUGCUGGUGCGCCCCUCGCGCCUCUCGUCCAGCGGGACGCCCAUGCUGCCCGGUGUGACCGAGUACGAGCUCCCGCAGGACCCUCACUGGGAGUUCUUCCGGGAAAGGCUGGUUCUUGGGAAGCCCCUGGGAGAGGGCUGCUUUGGGCAAGUGGUUAUGGGGGAGGCCCUGGGGCUGGACAAGGAGAAGCCCAACCGUGUGACCAAAGUGGCUGUCAAGAUGCUCAAAUCUGAUGCCACAGAGAAGGACCUCUCGGAUCUCAUCUCUGAGAUGGAGAUGAUGAAGAUCAUCGGGAAACACAAGAACAUCAUUAACCUGCUGGGAGCCUGCACACAAGACGGGCCUCUGUAUGUGAUUGUGGAGUACGCCUCUAAAGGGAAUCUGAGGGAGUAUCUGCGUGCCCGUAGACCUCCUGGCAUGGAGUACUGCUACAACCCUGACCAGGUGCCAUCGGAGAGCAUGUGCAUCAAAGACCUCGUCUCCUGUGCCUAUCAGGUGGCACGGGGCAUGGAGUACCUGGCAUCCAAAAAGUGUAUUCACAGAGAUCUCGCUGCCCGGAAUGUCUUGGUCACAGAAGACAAUGUGAUGAAGAUAGCAGACUUUGGCCUGGCCAGAGACAUUCAUCACAUAGAUUACUACAAGAAGACAACAAAUGGCCGUUUGCCUGUAAAAUGGAUGGCACCGGAAGCUUUGUUCGACCGGAUCUACACGCACCAGAGCGAUGUGUGGUCUUUUGGGGUGCUGCUGUGGGAGAUCUUCACCCUCGGUGGGUCUCCAUACCCAGGGGUGCCUGUGGAGGAGCUCUUCAAGCUCCUGAAGGAAGGCCAUCGCAUGGACCGGCCGUCUGCCUGCCCGCAGGAGCUGUACCUAAUGAUGAAAGACUGCUGGCACGCCGUUCCUACUUACAGGCCCACAUUCAAACAGCUCGUCGAAGACCUCGACCGCAUCCUGUCUAUGACAGCCAACCAGGAGUACCUGGACCUCUCCGAGCAUAUGGAUGCUCCCUACUCCCAGGUCGUCCUGGAUACCCGUAGUUCUACGUGUUCUUCUGAGGUGGACUCAGUCUUCUCCCAAGAUGCUGGGGUCGAAGAGCCCUGCCUUCCUGCCCCCCAUUCCCAGACCACCAGUCGGACCUUCAGGAAGCACUGAAGGCCCCUCUGAAAUUGCCAAAUAAAUUUUCCCAUUUCUCCCAGGUUCCACGCUAAUCUCCAGGCAAAGGUUCUGCGUCCUUUUCAUAAAUGCACAGUGUCACAGAAAUGGUCACUCUCAAGCCUGGCAUCUGAUACAGAGGAAGGACUUGUGGCUAGAGCAGUGCCUCAUGGGAAAAUCAGAGAUUUUUGAAAAUAAACUGAAGGGUUUGCUCACUGCUUUCACCGAGCAGCUUUUCUCCAGUUCAAAUACCUCGUCCCAGCACAUGACAACAAGGGUUCGCAUCUGACGGACCAUUCACAUUCACUAUGGACAAUUGGCCAACGUCAGCUGCGUGAGGAAUGACUGAUGGUGACCGAGUGACUGGACGAGCAGCUGGAUUUCUUGGCUGGACUGUCACAGCUCUGAGGAGGACCCAAGGCCUUUAGGCUGGAAGAGACAGUUUCUACAUAUUCAGCUGACAUUGUUGCUUCGUCUUUGCAUUCUAAACACAUUCAUCUUUUUGGCCUUGUAGAAGGACCCGUGCAUUUUCAAGCAGGCGCUUGACGUGAAGGCUCUGAAAGGCAUUAGAAAUGGUGUGGGCUUAUAAAAGAGUGGACAUCAUGCCUAAUAGGAACUGAACCAAAGGAGGCAUUGAGCCGAAAGUUCAGGCUCUCCUUGGCAUUCGAUAAGUGAUUCAAGUUGAUCACCAUACCUUUUAUAGAGUAAUUGUAUGCCGUUUUUUUUUUUUUUUUUUCAAAAAUCUGAGACCAAAUCUCAGAAAAAAAGUAUUCUAUAAUACGUUAGCCAACAGCUCUGGCUGUCUUUGUAAAUACAGUUAAAUUGUAUAAAUAUUAUUAUUAUUAUUAUAUAUAUUUACUCUAUUGUUUCUUUUUAAUUAUUUUUGUAUGAGGUCAUUCAUUUCUAUCCAAGUCAAUGAAAUAUAGUUUUUAAUGGAAAGAGUUAGUUGAGGUAAGGGUUCUCAGAAAGAGAAUAAGCUAUUACUGAUCCAGGCCAGUUUGUAUUAAUAGGUGUUCAGCUUUUGAUUCUUUAUGCUAUCCUUAUGCAUACAAUAAUAUUUUGUGCAGAAUAAACCUAUACCAAUAAUGUCAAAUGGACCGCAUUUUCGGGUCAUUGCCAUGUUUCCAUAUGAACAUCACAAUGAACAUGUAGAUUCUUAAAAGACCUUAAUCUCAUCAAAGAAUAUCAUUUUAAACAUAACAAUUGCUUAAUGUCUGAUUAAUCCUAAAUUAAUCCAAUCCUUGCUGUUAAUGGUACAUGCAUAACUGUACAUACUGUCUUAAAGCUUUUGUUCCAUAGCCCAAAAUUAAGAAUAGUUUGAAAUUAUAUCAAGCACAUUUUUCAAAAAUGCUCCUUGGAUGUGGAUUAACUGACAGUUAGUGUUGACAAUCAUCUAAAAAAUAUUGUUUUCAUCUGUCUUCAUCU